AUGGCAGCAGCAAAACAUGCUGUUGGAUGUGGAAUGUCCGUAAAUGCAGCAUCCAUCAAGUACCAGAUCCCACGAAUAACGCUCGCCAGGUGGAUAGUGUCACCACAGAAGAAAAAAGGCCUGGGAUCGAAAAAGUCGGUUUUCUCAGCCGAACAAGAGACGGAGCUGGUUCAACACUUGCUGGAUUUGGAGGCCCGAUUCUAUGGGAUCACUAUGAAGGACGUACAAAAACUGGCGUAUGAGUUAGCUGAGAGGAACGGUAUUCCCCAUCCAUUCAACCACAAGCUGAAGAUGGCCGGUAGGAACUGGCUUGAUGGUUUCCUUCGACGGAAUCAAACCCUCUCCUUCCGGAAGCCGGAAGCCACAUCUGCAGAUCGUGCACGGGGCUUUAACAAGGUUUCCGUGGGACCAUUUUUCGACCUUCUUCGGAGCACGCUGGACAGCCAUCAGUUUCCGCCGGCGCGUAUAUUUAACGCUGAUGAAACCGGAAUAAGCACCGUUCCUUCGAAAAAGCUAAAAAUUGCUGCUAAAAAGGGAAAGAAGCAACAUGUGCCACCGUACAUGAUUUUUCCCCGUGUGCGCAUGCACGAUGCGCUUAAGAGAGGAGCACCGAAUGGGACAAAGUUCAAUUGUAACCCUUCCGGUUAUAUGACCAGUGAAGUCUUCCUCGAUUGGUUCGACCAUUUCCUGGAGAACGUGAAUCCCACCAAGGAAAACCCUGCACUCCUAAUCAUUGAUGGAAACAGCUCCCAUACGAAAAAUCUGGCAUUUGCCGAAAGAGCUCGUGCAAAUUUUGUCACUGUUCUUGUAUUGCCACCACAUUGUAGUAACAAAAUUCAGCCCUUGGACGUGGCGUUCAUGGGGCCUUUCAAAAGUUACUACGCAGCUGCUUCUGAGAAUUUCAUGCGUCAAAACCCUGCAAGGACUAUUGGACUUUACGACGUCUGUGAGCUGAUGGGUACCGCGUUUCUCAAAGCAGCUUCUGGUAGUGUGACAACGAGCGACUUUCGUAAAUGUGGCAUUUGGCCAUAUAACAGACAUGUCUUCAGCAACGAUGACUUCGCUCCAUCUGAAGUAACUGAUCAACCAGAAGCCACUGUGAUGCCAAUUCCAAUGGUAGUUGAUGACUCCACUGUGCAGCAAGUACCUCUUCAGGUUUCUACCAAUGUUUCAGUUACUCACUCAGGAAACCAAUAUUGUACUGAUGAGGUUCAAACGGAUGGACCCGAUCCUGCUAGCGUUCAAGUUGGCCCAGUUUCUGAAAUUUCUCCGAACUCAUCGUUCAAUAUUACACCGUCGGAAAUUUUACCUUUGCCGAAGAUGUCAGUUCCCAGAGCAACGAAGCGAAAGCGCAAGUCGGAAAAAGCUGUGGAGAUUACCGGCGACGGCUACCGUCAAAACCUGGCUUCUGCUGAGGCAACAAAAACUAUCAAGUCCAUCAAAAAAGGACGAAAGCCGCCAAAGAAGCGAGCCAAGGGUAAAACAUCGGAUGAACAGUGCGAGGAUACUUUGUGUGAGCUGUGUGGAGAUUGUUUUUCUGAUUCGACCGAUGGUUAUGGCUGA